AUGCACUACCAUAUUUACCUGCCCCGGUGGUUCCCGAGCCUGUCGGGGGAUGAUCUGCCGGCCGCCGGGGAGCCUGCCCAUCCGACGGACGGGCCUUUCGAGACUUUGUCGCGGGCGCCGGCGUUUCUGUCCUUCUGGAGCAUGGAGCGGAGGCUUGCGGACUUGCAGUUUGCGGUGUGUGUUGAGAUCGGAAACCGCGGGAAUCCGAAGGGGCUCACCUUCCCGGAGGACUUCAUUCUGGACACCGAUUUCUUCAACGCCUGGAUCGACCUGACGUUUGCCAUGUCCAAGCGGUUGGUGCUCUACCGGCUGCCGCCGGCAAGCACCUGGACCGAGUCGGUCCUGUCGCUGGAGCCGCUGACGGAGGAGAACUUCCCGCACCUCGAGCAGCGCAUCACCCCCUGGGAACGGGAGAACCGCGUGGCCCUGUUGGGGCUGCUGCUGGAUGGCCCGGUACCCUUGCCGGUGGACCUGAGCACCGGGGCGGUGCAGCUCCAGGCGAUGCUGACGCUGGAGCCGCCUCCCGGUUUGGAUGGCCCCGGCACCACGGAGCCCGCCAAGCAGGACGACCCCCCCGCCGUGACACCCGAUACCGGCUCAUCGGAGGCGGCAUCCGGCUCGGAGGCGGCAUCCGGCUCGGAGGCGGCUUCCGGCUCGGAGGCCGCGUCUGACCUGGACGUGAUAUCCGACUCGGAGGCGGCUUCCGGCCCGGAGACCGUGUCUGACCUGGACGUGAUAUCCGACUCGGAGGCGGCUUCCGACUCGGAGACGGCAUCCGGCUCGGAAGCCGCAUCUGACCUCGACGUGGCAUCUGGCCUGGAGCGCCUCUCCGGCGAGACGCUCUCUCGGUUGGGCGGCACGGAUCGCCGCGGCGAGCGGGCCCUCCCGGCGGCCGGGCCAUCCUAG